AUGCGUUUGUUAAAGGGCACAUGUUCACCAGUUUACAAGGAAAUAGAUUAUUCUCUUCGUGGUGUUAUAUUUGGACUGCGUUAUAAACUUUUACCUACACGUACGGCAAAGGAAAGCAUGACGAAUAACCUGUUAUCAAUGGGGUUGACUAUGUACGAGGAUAUAAAAUCAAAGUUACGUAUUAUGCUAACAACUAUGGGUACCCCAGACAUUUGUUCAUUUAAUACUUACGUGAAGUUAAACUCAAGUCUGGAAGAUACGAUUUUGUCAAUGCAUCGAAGUGGCGUAUCCAGUUUAUUGCCCUUUGUUUCGUACAUAGCAGUAAUUGUUGACUUCAAUCUUAAAGGCCUAAAAAAUAGUUCUGCUUCUGUAGAAGAAAUGGCUAUGUUUUUCACCACAAGUAAUUAUUACGCACAAUAUACCGUUCAAUAUUUCACAGAUGAUACUGAAAUGCCUCAAGAUUCUAGAUACUACAUCCUUAACGAGGAUAUAGAAACAAAAUUAAAUCAACUUAAUCUCGACUCUUUCCACAAUGAAAUUAUCAUUAACGGGCAAGUUGAUAGAAAUGGAUUUGGCUUUUUGACUUUUCCAUUUACACCUUUGUCACCGGAACAAAAAUGUGAACCAGAUUUGUUAGUUCAACCCAAGCCAUUCUGUCCUCGCAUCAAACUUAGUAAUGACGAAUUUGAAAUAGAUUUAUCAAACAAGAAAGUAAGUUUUCUUGAAUAUGAAGCAUCAACAGGGAACCCAACACCUGAUAUAACAUUUUCAAAUAUUUUGUCUUCAGGUCAAAAUGGAAGUUUGUAUGUAUGUAGCGAUGAGUACUUUUCACAAUUACCAUCAGUAGAUGCUGUUGUCAGUAGCCAUUUUGACGAGCUUGUUAUAUUGACCAUAGUUUGUCUCGUAUUUUCUAUCAUAUCUCUUGUAUUUACCUUUAUUAUCUAUUGUGUACUUCCAAGAUUAAGGACAGUGCCAGGAUUGAAUAACAUGGCUCUUAUUUUUCAUCUUUUCUUCGCCCAUACUUUGGCAUUAACAAUAUCUGUAACACGCAUUAAACUUCCUUGGCUUUGUUCAACAGUUGGAAUUCUUCUACAUUUUAAUCUGUUGUCCAGUUUCUUUUGGAUGUUCAUUUCUACUUUUCACAUGAUGAAUGCUUUUGUUAAGAUAAAAGAAAAAUCUGUUUCUCAAGACACAAUGAAAAAGUUUUGUUACCAUAUAAUCUUUACGGAAUCUCUGUCAGCUAUUUUGGUAAUUUCUUAUAUAGUAGUUACGAUCACAACAGACAAGGAUUCUGAAGGUUUUGGUUAUGGUGGUUCAAACUGUUACAUUCAAGGGCCCAAUAUGAUACUUUACUUUGUUGCUAUUCCUCUUGGGCUUGUUAUCACGGCUAACCUGGGUAUGUUUAGUUAUGUUGUAUGGAGUGUGUCUCGAAUUCCUGACAUGGCACAUAACAGCAGUCAUGAACGCCAUAAUUUACUGAUAUUCGCAAAAUUGUCAACUUUGACCGGUAUCACAUGGCUAUUUGGAUUCUUAUAUCAGUUCACUAAUGUUUUCCUGUUUGCAUAUUUCUACAUAGUCUUUAAUGCCGGACAAGGUGUGUUCAUAAUGAUUUCCUUCGUAAACAAACGCACAUUAGACAUGCUUCGUUCUAAGGUUUAUACAAACACAAAUGGCAAUGUUGAAAGCUCUGCGCAGUCCACCAAAUUAACGACAGUCAGUAAAAAACUUGAAAUUAAAUAAGUUUAUCAGAAAUACCUUAAUCAACAAAACCUGACGUAUGCAUAAUAUUACAUCUAUAAGUAUAGAACCAGAAUACAGACAUCGUCAUCAAUGAUAAAUUAGA